AUGGAUAAUGGUGGUUGUAAAUCUGACGUUCAUAUAGCUGAAAUAUCUGUUCUGAAGAAGUCAUCUCCGAUGCCAACAGAUUCUACUAUAAUUAAAGGCUAUGAUUUCAAUGAAGGAAUUAAUUAUGAUACUUUAUUAGACUGUUACAUGUCUACUGGUUUCCAGGCGUCACAUUUUGCUCAAGCUGUACAGCAAAUAAAUACGAUGUUAACGGUGCGCGAAGAACAGUUUGAAGGUGAUCAUACAUUACCGUAUCCGGAGGGGAAACAAAAAAGAGCAUGCACAAUAUUCCUUGGUUAUACAAGUAAUCUAGUUACUUCAGGUGUUCGAGAAAGUAUCCGAUACUUAGUUGAACAUGAUUUGGUGGACUGCAUUGUAACGAGUGCUGGUGGUGUCGAAGAAGACUUGAUCAAAUGUCUGGCACCUUCAUAUCUGGGUGCAUUUGAUCUUGAUGGGAAGACUUUGCGUCAUAAUGGAUUGAACAGGCUUGGUGCUGAAAUCAAUGACAAACGAUCAAUCUGCUACUGGGCUCACCGAAAUCGGAUCCCUAUUUUCAGUCCUGCAUUAACUGAUGGUUCAAUUGGUGAUAUGCUGUAUUUUCAUUCAUUCAGGAAUGGUGGAAUUAAGCUGGACAUCGUAGAGGAUUUGCGUCAUAUUAACACGAUGGCAGUACGAUCAUACCGUACCGGUGUAAUACUUCUUGGUGGCGGUGUUAUGAAACACCAUAUCAAUAAUGCUAAUCUCAUGCGAAAUGGUUCUGAUUACACUGUAUAUGUGAAUACUGGCCAGGAAUAUGAUGGCAGUGAUUCGGGUGCUCGUCCGGAUGAAGCCGUAAGUUGGGGUAAGAUCAGGAGUGAGUGUAGACCGGUUAAGAUAUACGCUGAUGCGACACUUGUUUUUCCACUGUUAGUCGCGAAGACGUUUGCUCGCCACGUACAGAAGAAGCAAUUGAAACUGUAGAAAAAAUGAGUUAUCGUUUAGGUAAUGGUUUCGAAAUUCAGAUGGAGAGCAGACUCAAUGGAUGCUUUUUCAUACUGCUGAUAUGUUAGACGCUAAGAAAACGAGUGUAUUUGGUGAAUUGGUAAACUGAUAAAAUAGUUAAUUCUAAAUUUCAGUUGAAUUAAAAGUCUGUCCAUAGUAUGAGAGGUUUUUUCUUGGUUUGUUAGUAACAGUAAAUAAUAUGUUGUGGUUAUAACUAGUAAACUUCAUAUGCUCACUGAUAGUUGUUAAACUUUUGAC